CCCCCACCCCGCACUGGCUCAACUCCUGGGCCUGCAACAAGGAAUCUCUGGGCCUAGCUAUGCAGUCAAGGGCUGAAUUGAAGGAUCUGCUCUCUCCCUGGCUUGUUCCUUGCAGAAUAUAACAUUGUACAGGGGCUGCAGCCACAACAGGUUCCUCUGGGAAAGCUCCUGCAGGCGGAAAGGUGCCUUUGGGUUUACCAUGGCGCUCCACCGACCAGCAGCCCUGCCUGCAGCAGAGCACAGAGGCAGCACGAUGGAAAAGAGCCACUGCUAGUCUUGCUGCCUGAAGCAUUGGAACUGGAGCACCCUUACUGCUGGAGACAGGGACACUGGGAGCUGGAUGGGGUUCUGAGCAAUGGACAACGCACCGGAGUCAUCAGCAGAGGAGCCUAUGGAAGAGACAGCAGGGGAGCCAUUGGCAGAGCCCGUGGAGGAGGCGCUCCCUUGCCUGACUCACGUCUACACACUGUAUAUUGGGAACCUGAACCCCAAGUACUCGCGGGAGGUUCUCUGCAGCAUGCUGAAGGACAUUCUGGGCACUGCCAGCCUUCCCCUGCAGCGGCAUGACAUAGAAGUGGUGAAGAAACCGAGACGGGCCUAUGCCUUGGUGCAGGUGGCCACCGAGCUGAGCCUGGAGAACGUCCUGAAGCAGCUCCAGGUUGCCUCGGACAUGGAGCAACAUCUCCUCAGGGAGCUAGUGAUGAAGGGGAAAACCCUGGUGGUGGGGGAAGGCAGGCGAGCCUCGCCCAGUGCUAAGGAGUGCCAAGAGAGUGACACACAGAUGAAUGGUGCCAGCGCCCCAGAGUCUCCCAUGCUGGGGCGUUUGCAGUCUGGCAAGAGCAGGCUGUGGGGGGCCGAGGAAGCCCAGCCCAGCCCUUGUUGGAAGGGCCCCCCUCAAGCCCGGAAGCUGAUGGAGCGGCCGGCAGUGUUUCUUAGUGGCACCAGGUCAGACAGCGCCAUCGUUCGGAGGGAGAUCGUGGGCCAGGAGCGCUUGUUCUAUGGAGCCUUCAUGGGGAGUGAGACCAGGAAUGUGGAGUUCAAGCGGGGUGGGGGGGAAUACCUGAGUGUGACCCUCAAACACCACGUCCGGAAGUAUGUGUGCGCCUUCCUCAACAGUGAAGGGGGCAGCCUCUUUGUGGGGGUGGAGGACAGCGGCUUCGUGCAUGGGGUCAUGUGUGGGCACAAAGAGGAGGACCGCAUCCGCCUGCUCAUCGACUCCAUUCUGAAAGGGUUCAAGCCGCAGGUGUUCCCCGAUGCCUACACCCUGACCUUCAUCCCUGUGGUCAAAGCAGAAGACACCGGCAUCUUCCUGAAAGUGAUCCGGCUAAGCGUUCAUCUGCCCAGGCAGCAGGGGGAGCUGCUGCUUUAUGAAACGGACCAGGGGGAAGUGUACCUGCGCCGGGACGGCAGCAUCCAGGGACCACUCUCUGGGAGCGCCAUCCAGGAGUGGUGCAGGCAGAAAUGGACAGGAGAAGUGAGGAAGCUGGAAGAGCGAAUAGAGAGUUUGAUGAAGGAGAAGGAGAGCCUGCAGCAACAAAUCAACCAGCAGCGGAGCCCGAAUCCCAGAUCUAGAUUCUGCACCAUCCUGUGAGUCACA